GCUUGACUUCAUGUAAAUAAAUAAUUGCAGGUCUCCAAGCAACAGCAAAGGAAGCAACCUAGAAAGUGCACCACUUAACUCUACUUCCCUCUAGUUUUUGCUCUCCCUUCAGCCCUACACCACAACCAAACCAUACUACUAAUGGAAAGUUCAAGCAAGAAAAGGAAACUGAUCGCUGAUGAACAUCAUCGUCAUCACCGGGAAGAUGACGAUGACGAUGACAAUGAAGAAGCAAAGAUAGAGAAGUUUUUUGCUCUAAUCAAGGGCAUCCGCGAGGCUCGUGAUCGCCUGUUGAGUGGCUCUGAUGCAAUAUUGAAGCAGGAGAUGGAUCACAAAGACAAGAAAAAGAAAACAAAAAUCGGUGCAGAGGAGAACAACAAUCAGCGGGUUACUGUUUGGAAGCCUUCUUUCCAACCUGAAGAUUUCUUGCAAGAGUCUUUGCAGCCCAAAAACCCUAGAGCUGCCAUGGUGGAAACUUCUCGAAGAACUGAAGCUGUUGCAGAGAAAGAAGAGAGUAAAGAUGGCUUAGACUUGAGGCUUUCACUUUAGUACAUGUGCUGCCUAAUCCUCUUUACAUUUUCGAAUCCAAACACUUCUGAUUGAAAAGGCGGUUGAGUUACAUGCAUCAAAGAUGGUGAGAUCGCCGUCAUAUAUUAAAAGCUGACCGGUUUGUGCUUGAUACUUCCGUGUUGUAUUUUAAUUUUUACUAGGGAAUUCCGCUUAGAUCACUUCAGAAAUUAAGGUAACUUUAGUGAAGUUGCAAGACCUUGCUACGAUAAUUGAUUAAUUACUGGCAAA